AUGGGACAGUUGUUAGCCUCCUUGAAUCUCCGCGGCAAUUCUGAUAUAGUACCUGAAAUAAACUUUGACAUAGAAAAUGCCACACCUUCUUCUGAAGAGAUGGAAACAUAUAAACAGCUCUAUAAAAUGCUUGUAGAACCCAAUCCAACAUUAUUAGCCAAACUAAACAACUACAAGCCUGCUUCAGAUCUGAUUCGAAAUGCAAUAGCUAACUCGAGUACCGAAAAUGAAGACAAAGCAUGGAAGGCUGUCUUGCCAACUGUCGAUAUGCUGAGAGACUUUUACAGCUAUUCUUCCGAGCUGGAACGAGGUAUUCCAAUGUUACUCAAUGUGUUAUGUAAAGACGGUGGUGUUACAACCAAAGAGCUUGAUAGACAUCCAGGAUUAACAAAGUUGUUUGCUGACAUACUUGAUUUCGUCUUUGAGUUUGAUUCACUCAAAGUAAAGCAUCCUACGCUCCAGAACGAUUUUUCAUUUUACAGAAGAACAUUACAGAGAGGAAGGACAUUGGCAGAAGACGAAAUGUCCAGUACAUCUUUUGGACAAUCUGAUUUACGAACAAAGAUCAAUGAAGAUAACUUGGCAAACAGUAUAUCCUUGUUUAUCGCAUAUCCAACACCCAUGCUGAAAUGUGUGAUUGACACAACCACAAAGUAUGUCCAGUCCAAUGAGCUAGUGAAAAGUGUGAGUGAGUGGUUAGCGAGUAUCUGGGCAGCUUGUUUUCAUACACUCAAUAACAACAGUAAAAAGAAGGAUGCUGUAUUUGAUGCGUUUUGCUUAAAAGUGAUGGUGGUCUCUAUUAUCUUGUAUGACCAUAUUGAUCCUAUUGGCGCCUUUUCAAAAAGUUCACCUAUUAAUGUAAAAAACUCACUAAAAGCUAUUCAGACAAUAAGUCAACAACAAAAACAAGAUACAAGUAAUACAUCUGACCUUAUCUCUGCUUUAAGGUAUAAUUCAAAGCACUUGAAUGACGAUUCUACUCCAAAAGCAAUAAAAAACUUGGUGAUGGCCAUUUGA